UUGCUCUGGGACGAGUGGAGCUCAGGGUCCUGAAGUGUGCAGCAACCGGUAUUCUUUUUGGGGUCCUCUUGCCUCAUUCUCCGCCUUGGCAUCCUGUCCUGGAAAGCCGGCGUCUUGCGCACGAUGCCCCAGCUCGGACUCCUGCCCAAGAGGGCCUGGGCUGCGCUGUUCAGCCAGCUUCUGCGACCGCCCCCCUCUGCGUGUACCCAGGCGGUCCGUGGUCAUAGCCAGGUGGCAGAGUCAGUGCUGACAUCCCAAUUGAAACCACAUCAAGAAACGCCAAAUUUUAUCAUCAAGACCCCAAAGGGCACCAGGGAUUUUAGUCCCCAGCAGAUGGUUGUGAGGGAAAAAAUCCUUGAUGUGGUUGUUAGCUGCUUCAAACGUCAUGGAGCUCAGGGAUUGGAUACUCCAGCAUUUGAGCUAAAGGAAAUGCUCACUGAGAAUUAUGGGGAGAACUCUGGGCUCAUCUAUGAUCUGAAGGAUCAAGGUGGAGAGUUGUUGUCCCUUCGCUAUGACCUUACAGUCCCUUUUGCUCGUUAUCUGGCUAUGAAUAAAUUGAAGAAGAUGAAACGCUACCAUGUUGGAAAGGUGUGGCGGCGGGAGAGCCCAGCCAUAGUCCAAGGCCGCUACAGGGAGUUCUGCCAGUGUGAUUUUGACAUUGCAGGUCAGUUUGAUCCUAUGAUCCCUGAUGCAGAAUGUUUGAAGAUCAUAUGUGAAAUCCUAAGUGGGUUGCAGCUGGGGAACUUUCUCAUUAAGGUCAAUGACCGGCGGAUUAUAGAUGGAGUGUUUGCUGUCUGUGGGGUCCCUGAAAGCAAGUUCCGUGUCAUCUGCUCCUCGAUAGACAAACUAGACAAGAUGCCUUGGACAGAUGUGAGACAUGAGAUGGUGACAAAGAAAGGCCUGGCUCCUGAGGUAGCUGAUCGAAUUGGGGACUAUGUCCAGUGUCAUGGUGGGGUGUCCCUGGUAGAGCAGUUAUUCCAGGAUCCCAGACUAUCCCAGAAUAAGCAGGCCCUGGAGGGCCUGAGGGAUCUGAAGCUGCUAUUUGAAUACCUAACUUUGUUUGGAAUCACUGACAAGAUCUCUUUUGACCUAAGCCUGGCUCGGGGCCUGGACUACUAUACAGGAGUGAUCUAUGAGGCAGUGCUGCUACAGACCCCAGCUCAGGCUGAAGAGGAGCCUCUGAAUGUGGGCAGUGUGGCUGCUGGUGGUCGCUAUGAUGAGCUGGUGGCCAUGUUUGAUCCUAAAGGCCACAAGGUGCCAUGUGUGGGACUCAGUAUUGGAGUGGAGCGGAUCUUCUACAUUGUGGAACAGAGAAUGAAGGCUCUUGGUGAGAAGAUACGAGCCACAGAGACCCAAGUGUUUGUGGCCACACCCCAGAAGAACUUUCUCCAAGAGCGGUUGAAGCUGAUUGCUGAGCUUUGGGAUGCUGGGAUCAAGGCAGAGAUGCCAUACAAGAACAACCCUAAAUUAUUAAGUCAGCUGCACUAUUGUGAGAACACAGGCAUUCCAUUGGUGGUCAUUAUUGGUGAGCAAGAACUGAAGGAAGGGGUUGUCAAGAUCCGUUCAGUAGCCAGCAGAGGGGAGGUGGCUGUUAAACGGGAAGAUCUUGUGACUGAAAUUCAGAAGCGACUGUCUGAGUCUUGAUCCUUGCUUGAAAGCCGUCUGCUGCUCUUUGUAGAAGAGAUUUCAUCUGGGCCAGAAUUCCUGCUGGAUUCCAGCAUAGCUGGCCAGGAUAGGUGGCAAGCGCUUCUACCUCCUCCAUCCUUCCUGGAUACAGAACUGUAGAAGGCCUGAGGACUCCUGGGCUGGUACGGGAAGCUGCUCUGCAUGGGUGCAGAUGGCUGGGGUGUGAAAGACAUUUUCCAGCUGUGGAAGCAAAUUUGGAGUGCUGCUAAAUGCCACCAAGAGGUGCUGAGGGGUUGCUGGGAGCAGGGCUCGGCUCUGGGAGAGCCACCUCAGGCUGAGGAUUCUGAACCAUCGAGAUCAGAAGGCAGAUACUGGACCUUCCACAGCAGCUUUGGAACCAGAAUCUGGGGGAUUUGUCCUCAACGAACCCUGGAUAUGUCCAAGGAGUUUUGUAAAGAAAGCAAGGAGAAGCAAUGACUGCUCUUCGCUCUGAGGGCGGAGAUGCUGUCCUAAGGGCGGGAGUGCCCAAGUUGAUCUGUCGUCUCCGCCAGCCACUGUUUGUGAUAGUGGGGUUGAACUUCAUAGGUGGCUUGUCAAGUUGGAGAUCUGAGCUUUUGGAGACUAUUUCCUAUGCCAGAGUCAUGCUCCGACUAUUCCAUGCCCUGCUUUUCUACAGGUGGUUAAAUAAUUUGUUAAAUAAAGUAUUAAAUGUG